CCGAGAUCCGAACCCGUGUUAAAGGGUCCGAACCCAACCCGACAAGGCAUGGGUUGAACCGCAUUUUUUAGAGUAGAACCUGCGUUUGGCGUCCACCACGGCAUCAUCAUGUAUGGGUACGGAAACCCAUUCGUGUACGGAACGAACUGAAACGACGGUUGACAAGGAUGGAAGGCCAAGACAAUGUUAAGCAUCUUGAGGACUGCUCUGUCUCCAAUGCACUGGGGACUUGGGUAUUCUCUGUAGCAGGAGCAUUGUUAGCUAUUCCUGUGGGAAUAAAAAGGAAAUCUUUAGCUCCUCUUGUGUUCUUUGGUACAACUGGUACAAUGCUCGAUAUCAUUAUGGGAAUAACUGCUUGCGAAAGAGAGCACGCAGAACGCCAAAUGCAGCUAUUAGAAGCCCAAAACUCACCAAAUGAUGGUAGUCUUAUCUCUGAGAGCGGAGGCGAGUCUUAGUUUCAUUCAUUUUUUAGCUAUGUUUUUGUAAUGUGUGAGCUGUUCCAUACUUCCAUUUGGUUAGUCAGAAAUACCCAGUUUUUUAUUUUAUACCUUUCUUUUUUUCAUUCACUGGGAUAUUAGGUGUAAUUGCACAACAUAAAAUAAGCCUUACCUUUUGAGUAAGGUGCAUAUGUUGGUUUCUUUUUCUUUUCAGAACUGUUUGGUGAUUUGUUUUUGAGCUUUCUGAGGAAAGUAGAUUACAAAAUUGUGUAUUGAUUUCUGCUGAACCUGGUUUUGGUAUGAACAAAAAAUGGAGAGCAAAGAGCUGCAUAAUUUUUAAUUGGGACAA